CUAUUUGAAUCAAACACGUUCUUCUUCUUUCAAAAAGGGUCACACUGAAGACGGAGGAUGGAGUCGACGGACAGUCCUUAUGACUACUACGACUAUGAGGAGACUGAAAACUCCACCAAGUGUGACUAUUCUCUGUGGACACCGUCUUACUCGAUCAUCCCGGUGCUUUACAUACUUAUCUUCAUCCUGGGUCUGUCUGGAAACGGGGUGGUCAUCUUCACGGUGUGGAGAGCCAAGGGGAAGCGCCGCACCGCUGAUGUCUACAUCGGGAACCUGGCGCUGGCCGACCUGACUUUCGUGGUUUUUCUGCCACUGUGGGCUGUGUACACCGCCAUGGGCUACCACUGGCCCUUCGGAGUGGCUCUGUGUAAGAUCAGCAGCUACGUGGUUCAGCUCAACAUGUACGCCAGCGUCUUCUGCCUCACCUGCAUGAGCUUCGACCGCUACCUGGCCAUUGUCCACUCCCGGUCCAGCAUACACCAGCACACUCGCGUUUAUAUGCAAGCCUCUCUCAAAGUCAUCUGGCUGCUGUCUGGUCUCCUGGCCACACCAACUCUGUUGUUCCGGACCACCAACCACGACCUAUCCAGCAACCACACAUCAUGUGCCCUGGACUUCAGCCUGGUGGUGUCGACCACGGAGCAAGAGAGCCUGUGGAUCGCUGGCCUCAGCAUCUCAUCUUCAGUGCUGGGCUUUCUUCUACCUUUCUUGGCCAUGAUGGUGUGCUACUGCUUCAUCGGAUGCACCAUCAACCGCCACUUCAAUACUCUGCGCAUGGAAGACCAGCGUAAGAGGAGGCUCCUGAAGAUCAUCACCACAGUGGUGGUGGUUUUCGCGGCCUGCUGGAUGCCCUUCCAUGUUCUUAAGAGUGCUGAUGCCCUGUCUUACUUGGACCUUGCUCCUGCUACAUGUGCCUUCCUGCGCUUCCUGCUGCUAGCUCACCCCUACACCACCUGCCUGGCCUACUUCAACAGCUGCCUCAACCCUUUCCUGUAUGCUUUCUUUGACCUGCACUUCAGAUCCCAGUGUCUGCGCCUCCUCAACCUGUCAAAGUCCUUGCACGCCAGCCCUGUCAGCUGUCAGUCCUCUCAGAAGAGAGAGGCUCAGGCUCUGGCCACAAAGGUGUGA